CGUUGGCACCUCUGCAAAGUGACAUAACAGCUGCCAUAACCUCAAACUUCCGCAACCACACAAUAUAAUAUUUACGUAAAAAUGGCAGCGUUUGUGGUGCUUCAAAGGGCAUUGUUUAGAAGAGUCUUGCCCCCAGUUAACCGACGAUUAGUUUCUACUUCGAAAAAGUCGAACGACACCGCUGUGAUUGACAGUGUUAAAACUGAAGCCAAGAAGACCGAGCACAAAAACUGGAUUAGUUAUGGUUUUGAUGGUAAAAGCAAAGAAGGAGAUAGAAGUGCAAUGCAUUCUGUUAUGUUUGCGUCGGUCACUUUGUGUCUGAUUUGUGGUGGAUAUUAUAUGAUGUACCUUCCCGAUUAUAAUUUAAAAGAUUGGGCACAAAGACAAGCCUUUUUGGAAAUUCGUAGGAGGGAAAGCGCAGGUUUGCCGCUGGUGGACCGUAAUUUAAUUGAUCCAGCGAAGAUGGUGCUGCCUUCUGAUGAGGAGUUAGGUGAUACGGAGAUCAUUAUUUAAGAUGAGUUAGUGCGAAUUGUUGCUUCAGUAGCGGCAAUGAACAUGUAAAUAAUUUUAUUUAAGUUUAAUAAACGAUUCAUAAAAUGAA